AUGACUUACACGCAGGUCUCCGCGGGGGGCGCGCACACAGUGCUGCUCCGGAGCGACGGCACCGCCGUGGCCGCGGGCAACAACCUGGCGGGGCAGUGCGACCUCCCGGCCCUGGGGGCGGGGCAGACCUACACGCAGGUCUCCGCGGGGGGCGCCCGCACGGUGCUGCUCAGGAGCGACGGCGCCGCCGUGGCCUGCGGCGCCACGCCGGCCUCGCUGUGCGACCUGCCCGCCCCCAGCGGGGGCCUGACCUACACCCAGGUCGCAGCGGGGUACAACCACACCAUCCUGCUCCGGAGCGACGGCGCGGCGGUGGCCUGCAGCCGUGGGCACGACGCAACGGAUGGGCAGUGUGUCUUCCCAGACUUAGCUCUGGACGAGGGUCGCGCCUACACACAGGUUGCUGCGGGAGGCCUCCACACGGUUCUGCUCAGGAGCGAUGGCACUGUGGAUGCCUAUGGCCGCAGAACGGACGGGCAGUGUGAUAUCCCGCCCGCUGGCGAGGGUCUUGUCUAUACGCAGAUUGCCGCAGGGUACAACCACACCGUGCUGCUCAGGAGCGAUGGCACCGCUGUGGCCUGUGGCCGCAAUCGAGAUGGGCAGUGUGCUCUUCCUGCUCUUGAUGGGGGCAUGACCUAUGCACACGCUGUGGCUGGAGGCCUCCACACCGUGCUUCUCCGGAGCGAUGGCACGGCCGUGGCCUGCGGCCGCAACGAGAACGGACAGUGCCACUUGCCGGCGCUGCACGCAGGUCGACGUCGUCUUGCCGGAUGGGCGCCUGCUCAGCGACGCCCCCGCUGA